CCUGCUGCCCUGGCACCGUGAGCCGCUUCCUCACGUCAGCUCUUUGUGUUUUAUCACCACUUCUCUCAUUUUGCUUGCUUUUCUUUUGUUUUCUUUUUUCCUUUCGUCGUACCUGUCGGACCGGUCCGCCAGGUGAGCGGCGCGUCAUCCCGGCCAGGUGAGGAGGAGGCAAGGAGGGAGGGGAGCCCGCAGGAAGAGCCGCACCGAGGAGGAAGACAAGGGAAACAUGGUGCGGUGACUAAACGCCUGGCCACCCGAUUAACAAGGAGAAGAGACGGAUUUGAUCAGUUUCCACGGAACAGAGACCUGAGGUGCAGCGAUGAGUCGGCGGCGUGUCGACUCCCAGGGUUCCCUGGGGCCCGACGAUGAGGUCAUGCCGUACAGCGACGACGAGACGGACGACGAGCUGGACCCCGCCUCCGACGCCGAGACAGAGGCCCCCCCCGGAGCCCCGCACCCCCCGCUGGAGCCCAAGACCAGCGAGGCAAGCUGGAAGGUGAAGGCCAACGACCGAGCCUACCACCACCUGCCCGAGUUCCAGAGGAAAGUUUUCCUCUGCAUCAAGAAGAGCAAGUACUCUGGGAACGCCAUCAAGACGUACAAAUACAACGUGCUGACCUUCCUCCCCCUCAACCUGUUCGAGCAGUUCAAGAGGGCGGCCAACCUCUACUUCCUGGGUCUGCUCAUCCUGCAGGUCAUCCCGCAGAUCAGCACCCUGCCCUGGUACACCACGCUGGUGCCGCUGGUCCUGGUGCUCUCCAUCACCGCCAUGAAGGACCUGGUGGACGACCUGGCUCGCCACAGGAUGGACAAGGAAAUCAACAACAGGAAGUGCGAGGUGCUUCUGGACGGCAGAUUUCAAGAGUCCAAAUGGAGGCAUAUCCAGGUGGGGGACGUGGUGCGUCUGAAGAAAAACGACUUCAUACCGGCCGACAUUCUGCUUCUGUCCAGCUCCAACCCCAACAGCCUGUGCUACGUGGAGACGGCCGAGCUGGACGGAGAGACGAACCUGAAGUUUAAAAUGGGGCUGAGAGUGACUGACGAGCGGCUGCAGGAGGAGAGUCAGCUGGCUCGAUUUGACGCUCUGAUCGAGUGCGAGGAGCCGAACAACCGGCUGGACAAAUUCACGGGGACGAUGCUGUGGAGGAGGGAGCGCUACCCGCUGGACCUGGACAACAUGCUGCUGCGAGGCUGCAAGAUCCGCAACACCGACUUUUGCCACGGCCUCGUCAUCUUCGCAGGCGCCGACACCAAGAUCAUGAGGAACGGAGGGAAGACGAGGUUCAAGAGAACCAAGAUUGACGAGUUGAUGAACUACAUGGUUUACACUAUCUUCGUGCUGCUGAUCCUGGUGGCCGCCGGCCUCGCCAUCGGCCACACCUUCUGGUACGAGGAGAUCGGCUCCAAGGCCUGGUACCUGUACGACGGGAAGGACGAGGACGCCUCCUACAGGGGCUUCCUGAGCUUCUGGGGCUACAUCAUCGUCCUCAACACCAUGGUGCCCAUCUCGCUCUACGUCAGUGUGGAGGUGAUCCGUCUGGGACAGAGUAAGUUCAUCAACUGGGACCUGCAGAUGUACUUUCCCGAGAAAGACACACCAGCAAAGGCUCGGACCACGACCCUGAACGAGCAGCUGGGCCAGAUCGAGUACAUCUUCUCGGACAAGACGGGGACGCUCACGCAGAACAUCAUGGCCUUCAAGAAGUGCACCAUCUCCGGACAAACCUACGGUGACCCGACCACGGCUGAGGGAGUGUCGCUGGACCGAGGAAGGCCGGUGGACUUCAGCUGGAACCGCUACGCCGACAGGAAGUUCCAGUUCAUGGACCACUCGCUGGUCGCCCUCAUCCGAUCCAGGAAGGACAAAGACGCCCUGGAGUUCUUCAAGCUGCUGUCGCUCUGCCACACCGUCAUGGUGGAGCAAAAAGAGGAUGACCUGGUGUACCAGGCGGCGUCUCCUGACGAGGGCGCUCUGGUGACGGCGGCCAGGAACUUCGGCUACGUGUUCCUGUCCCGCACGCAGGACACCAUCACCAUCAGGGAGAUGGACCAGGAGACCACCUACGAGAUGCUGGCCCUGCUCGACUUCAACUCCGACCGCAAACGCAUGUCCAUCAUCUUGAGGGCUCCUGACGGUCGCAUCCGCCUCUACUGCAAAGGAGCCGACACCGUCAUCUACGAGCGCCUGUCCCCGAACUCCAGACACAAGCAGUCCACCCAGGACGCCCUGGACCGCUUCGCCAACGAGACGCUGCGGACGCUGUGCCUGUGCUACAGAGACGUCAGCAGGGACGAGUACGACGCCUGGGCCAGGAAGCACAAAGACGCCAGCGUGACCAUGACCGACCGCGAGGCGGCGCUCGACCGCGUCUACGAGCAGAUCGAGAACAACCUGAUGCUGCUCGGGGCCACAGCCAUCGAGGACAAACUGCAGGACGGCGUGCCGGAGACCAUCGCCAAGCUGGCCAAGGCUGACAUCAAGAUCUGGGUCCUGACCGGAGACAAGAAAGAAACUGCAGAGAACAUCGGUUUCUCCUGCGAGCUGCUGACAGACGACAUGCAGAUCCACUACGGAGAGGACAUCAAUGAGAAGCUGACGGUCCGGCAGGCCAACAGGAGGAACGAGCCGCUGUCCUCCGGCCGGAACAGGAAGAAAGCUCCGGAGCCCUUCUUCCCCCAGCCGGGCAAGAACGCCCUCAUCAUCACUGGAGGAUGGCUGAAUGAGAUUCUCUAUGAAAAGAAGAAGAAGCGUCGCCGGCUGCGUCUCCGGCGGCUCGGAAAGCGAGCUCCUCCCAACAGCCCGCAGGACGGCCAGCCACAGGACGACUGGGAGAAGGAGAUGAGACAGAUUGAUUUUGUGGACAUGGCGUGCGAGUGCGAGGCGGUCAUCUGCUGCCGCGUCACCCCCAAGCAGAAAGCCAACGUGGUCAGCCUGGUGAAGAAGUACAAGAAGGCCGUGACGCUGUCCAUCGGGGACGGAGCCAACGACGUCAACAUGAUCAAGACUGCAGACAUCGGCGUGGGCAUCAGCGGGCAGGAGGGGAUGCAGGCCGUCAUGUCCAGCGACUACGCCUUCGCCCAGUUCCGGUACCUGCAGCGCCUCCUGCUGGUGCACGGACGCUGGUCCUACAUCCGAAUGUGCAAGUUCCUGCGGUACUUCUUCUACAAAAACUUCGCCUUCACGCUCGUCCACUUCUGGUACUCCUUCUUCAGCGGAUACUCCUCACAGGUUGCCUAUGAAGACUGGUUCAUCACGAUCUACAACGUCCUUUACAGCAGUCUGCCGGUUCUACUAGUCGGACUCCUGGACCAGGACGUUAAUGACAAGCUCAGCCUCAAAUUCCCCAAGUUGUAUUUACCUGGCCAGCAGGGGUUGCUCUUCAACUACAAGAACUUCUUCAUCAGCCUCUUCCACGGCAUCUUCACCUCGCUCAUCAUCUUCUUCAUCCCGUACGGAGCGUUUCUGCAGACCAUGGGUCAGGACGGGGAGGCGCCUUCAGACUACCAGUCAUUCGCCGUCGUCACCGCCUCGUCGCUGGUUAUCACCGUCAACCUGCAGAUCUCCCUGGACACUUCCUACUGGACGUUUGUCAACUGCUUUGCGGUGCUGGGCAGCAUCGCCAUCUACUUCGGCAUCAUGUUCGACAUCCACAGCGCCGGGAUCCACGUCAUCUUCCCCUCCAUCUUCACCUUCACCGGCGCAGCGUCCAACGCCCUGCGGCAGCCGUACCUGUGGCUCACCAUCAUCCUCACCGUGGGAAUCAGCCUCCUGCCCGUCAUCUGCAUCCAGUUCCUCCAUAAAACCAUCUGGCCCUCGGUCGGCGACAAGGUCCAGCGGCACAGGAAGAAGUAUGAAAUGGAGGAAGAGGAGAAGAAGAAGCCGCCGGCGUUCCAGCGUGGCCAGCGCUCCCGCCGCUCGGCCUACGCCUUCUCUCAUUCCCGCGGCUACGCCGACCUCAUCUCGUCCGGGCGGAGCAUCCGGCGGCGGCCGGCGGCCCGUGGCGGCCCUCAGGACAGCAUCAGGGAGGUUCCCCACAGAGAGGCCGAGAACAUCUGAGCGGCCAGACGCAACGACGGAGCAAAACUGCAGGCGGAUCAUUUACUACAUGCCGGGGUGAAAGCACCCGGAGCGCCCGGCGAGCGCGUCACCGGGGCGUUUCCCCUGCGAAGGCAAAUGAAACGGCAUCGCAGAGCAAAAGGAAACUGAAACUCUCCAUUGGAACCAGUAGAAAUGUCCCGUUUUUUAUUCAGUGGGUGGAGCUCACUCUGAUUGGUCAGAGGUGGAGCUUUUCCUGCAAGUGCCAGAAGAGGUUAAAAAAAAUAGAGAAAGAAAAAAUAAGCGCUCCUGAAAUAGUCAAACUAGUUGAAAUGACUUAACAAGGAGCGCUUGGUUUAUCAUGAAUUGCCUGUGAUUUAACCCCUCACCCCCCACCCCCCUUCCUGCCCCCUCACCACUUUUUUUUUUUUUUUUUUUUUUUUGAAGCGUUCCUGAACUAGUCUGUCAGUUUUGCUCCGGUCUGUAGCCCAAAUAACCUCCACACAGACUCUCUAACUUUUAAUAAAUGAAAAAAAAAAAAAACAACAACCAAAAAACAGAAAAGCUCACUGAAGAGGCACCGUGCCGUUACCGGGGUUCGAUGUCAUGCAGGUGACGGUGUGACAGACGACGUCAUUUAACUCAGGAUUUUUAAAAUAUUACCUUUUUAGUCAAAUAUUAACUAUUAAUACUCCAUGUUAAGCAGCCAGUUUUUCUCUCAGAUGUUGAAGUGGGGCGGCUUCGGUGGAGCUCAGCCAGAACGUUUGAAUGUGAUGUGACGCUGCCACGUUCAGGAUUUGAACCUGUUGUUGCAUAAUCAGGGAAAAAAGUGCCUUUCAUUCGUCUGUUCGCUGUACUAACAUCCAGGCAGCGUGUCUGCUGGCUUUGUUGAUUUAUUUGUCGGUCGGUACCAUCACCGUCCCGCCCAAACUGGGUCAACAACAACAACAACAACAACAACAGGCUGGCCCUGACCGUGUCGUGGUGUCCAUCACGAUAUUGAACUGAAUUUCCCCUGCAGGGAAUCAGUAACUGCUUAUUUUAUCUUAACAUGAAUUAUGGUGAAAUGUUACUAUGCAAGGGGAGAUGGAUGUUAUAAAGUGUGUUUUUAUUGAAUAUACUGUGAAUAGUAACCUUUUAAAUUGUCUGCCAUGUUUAUCUGCAGAUGGGUGUUGGAAAUUAUCAGUUUGAGGGAUUUCACCUUUUAUUUCAGCCUUAAGCAACUUUUUUUGUUGUUGUAUGUCUCUUUGAUGCUGGAUCUUAUACCUCACCUUUGGACUCACAUUCUGAAGGGAACCCACCAAAAACAUGUCUGUUAUUGUUUUGUUUUGUUUUGUUUUGUCCCAGUUUUACCAAAGCAGUUUAAUCACACACUUCUGAGUUAAAAAAAAAAAAAA